UGUGAUAUUCCUGAAUUGACUGGUGAUAAUUAUAAGAUCUGGAAGGAGAGGAUUCUCCUUCAUUUAGGCUGGAUGGACAUUGAUUAUGCUAUACGGAAAGACGAGCCGCCGGUUAUUACUGAAACCAGCGAGCCAGAUGAUGUGGAUCUUUAUGAGCGAUGGGAGAGAUCUAAUCGUCUUUCCAUGAUGCUCAUAAAGACUAAGAUCUCUGCUGGUAUCCGUGCGUCUGUCGAUCAGCAUGAUAAUGUUAGAGAGCUUUUGAGGGCUAUCGAUGAACAAUUCGUCAAGUCUGAUAAGGCUCUUGCCAGCACAUUGAUCAUUCAGUUCUCCACCAUGAGGUUCACGGGUGCGAGGGGUGUGCGCGAGCACAUAAUGCGCAUGCGGGACAUUGCGGCGCAGCUGAAAAGCUUAGAGAGGAGGAGAGACUACUGAUGGAGGAAGGUGAGAAAGUAAACCUAACGGUCCAUGGCAAAAAGAGAAAGCAUGACACAAAGGGGAAGGGACCUGUGCCAGCUGAGCGGGUUAUAAAGAAGGAGUCUACGUGUUUUUUCUGUAAAAAGAAAGGACACAUGAAGAAGGACUGCAUUAAGUUCAAAACCUGGCUCGAAAAGAAAGGGUAUGGAAAGCCUAAGGAAACCAAUGGGAAGUGAACAGUUCAUCUAUUCCGGUAGUCGGAUGCGUUCGCCUGUGGAA